UAUAAACAAAAAGCGAGCCGAACAUUUCCAAGAUUUGACCCCCUACCGCCCCUUUUUCCAAUCCGUGGACGCUGCCGACGUUAAGCGUCGAGAGUAAUUCAGUGUCGAACGCCAGUCGCCGCAAACGAUUCGCUUAUCACGUCACGUACACACCACUAGCGAUCGAUCGAGGAAAACGUCAAAAUGUUUAAAAACCACCUAGAAAUGAUAAGCCGGAACGAAACGGCUUCGAAGAAAGCAAAAUUCUGGCAAGCGUUUGUCGGUUCCCUAAAAGGAUCCGAAGAUUUGCGAGCUCCAGAAGGUUCCCACAGAAGCCCCCGUGGAAUUUUCCGGCCGAUAAGUGAGUUCCCUCAACUAUCAUCGACAUGGGACACUUGGCCAUACGGCAAAUCGAUCUACGAUGAUCCCAUUCAUGCCGGUGAACGCGUUAACGUACCCGGAUAUCGUUACGAUCCACUUCACCGCGACAUAUAUGGAUAUUCACCGCGCCGAAUUUUCCCACAUAACUAUGGAUAUUCGCCGUUAGCAAGAUACCGGCCUGUGUUCCACAUACCCAAAGUCAGGCCUUUUGACGCUGAACAAGCUUGGGACGAUCAUCUUGCACGUAAAGCAGAAAGAGAACGUAUGUAUCCCAGCGCCUUCGACAAUUUCCACACGACUUAUCCAUUCAGUCGUUACCCUCUUUACUUGGUCCAUGCAAAAAGGCCACGCUUAACUGAUGAGGAAAAAAGAAAUCCCCAUGAUUCUUGGUUGGAUCACUUAGAUCGUAUGAACGAUCUCGACAAAUUGUCCAGCAUGUUCCCGAAAUGGUGGAGUCCGACACCCAUUAAGAUUGGAGAGUUUGCACCAAGGCCAAACGAAGUCGCUUUUAAUUAUUUCGGUCAACCAAUUUACACGCGUGGUGGUCUGCGACCAAGUAAGCUUCUAUGGUCAGAUUUAUUAAAUCCAUCCCCUAGUUUGCCUCUGUCUGCCAUCACUCGCGAUCCCUGGUGGUGGAAUCAUCCCGCUUUAAAACCCUAUGAACCUUUAAGCAAGUGGGGAAAAUCCCCAUAUUUCCUCAGAGAUUCGUACCUAUCUCCCGUCAAGAGGACUUACCUAUGGGACAAACACCCCGUCAGACCUUUCGCUGCUAUUUAAUCAACCCCAUCGUUUGCAGCUCGACUGUUGAAAGAAAAAUUUAAAAAUUUAAAUUAAUUAUUGGCUAUCUGAAUUAAAUAAUGAAUGUAUUUUUAAAAAAUAAAAACGACACUCCCAGGUACUUAAAAAACGACAAUAAAAUCGAUUCUAAUAUACACGACGAAGCAA